AUGGUGGAUGGCGGUAGAAUCAAGCUGAAGUCAUGGCAGCAGGCAGCAGUGGCAUUUGGUUCGGCGGUCGGAGCACUUUUGAAUCCGCGAAGAGCUGAUUUGAUAGCGGCUCUUGGUGAAACAACUGGAAAACCUGCCUUUGAAAGGGUUCUUCAAAGGAUGAAAUCUUCCCCCGAAGGAAGGGCAGUACUAUUGGAGCGCCCUCGUGUUGUAUCUGCAAAUGUAGGACAUGCUUGGGACCUGCCAGCAAAUACAUUUGGUGCUGCCUAUGCUAGAUUUAUGGGAUCCAGAAACUUUUCACCAGAUGAUCGACCUCCUGUGCGGUUCAUGGAUACAGAUGAGCUGGCGUAUGUUGCCAUGCGAGCUCGUGAAGUACAUGACUUCUGGCAUACCCUUUUUGACCUUCCUACUAACUUGAUUGGGGAGUCAGCACUGAAAGUAAUUGAGUUUGAACAGAUGUAUCUUCCUAUGUGCAUGAUGUCUGUUAUAGGGGGCACAGCAAGAUUCAACGAGAAACAGAGAAAAUUGUUUUUUCAGCACUACUUCCCAUGGGCUGUUCGUGCUGGCACACAGUGCAAUGAUCUAAUGUGUGUGUAUUAUGAGCAGCAUUUUCAUGAAGAUUUGGAAGAUGUUCGCAGAAAACUGGGAAUUGUUCCGGUUCCCACUCUUCCUUGA